AUGGACGACACCGGAUCUCGACCGCCCCAACAGCCAGAAAUGACGCCCUCGAAUGCGCGUACGAUAACUAAGGACCUGCCAGUCAAGUUGGCCUCACUUGACCAAGCGCUGCAGCCAUUUCGCCAUUCCUAUACCCACACGGAUCGAAUUCUCGAUGUAUUUGGUUUGGUUCUCCAACGCGUUUACGAUUGUCGCGAGAAGUAUCCGGAUGCGCUGCCAUCAACAGAGUACCAACAGCACAUCCAUGCCCCAUGGAUUCAAACUUUACAGUGGCUUCGCGAUCCCGAAGCCUUUCGCUAUGCCGACCCGGAAUCACUGCAAGUAGCGCAGCUGAUGGCCAAGCAAGACCCAGUCCGCAUCUGGUUCGAGCUAGACUCACAUGUUCGACAAGAUAUCCUCGGUGGCAAUCCAUACGAUAUCGUGAUAGAUCUCGGGCCAGGGUACACCCAAGUCGAAAGGGGAAUGAAGUGGCUGGUUGACUGCGCUACUCUCAGUCUGUCCAAGGAGUCGCUCUCGACGGAGGUUAAAGAUACUGCGGAGGCAAAUUUGACGGCUGUCGCAACCUGCGGGCCGGUCUACGGUUUAGCGGAGUCGACUUCUGCUCCCCAUCAUUCCCACGAGCUUUUCGGCCCCGGAGGCGUAUUGUGGUCGGUAAUGGAGGUCUUCACCCGCGAUCCGGGGAACUUCAGCGGUAUUGUGGGUAUACUGGAUAUGGUCAUUCAGCAAACUUUGAACGUUGCCCUCCUGUUCAGAUACUCUUUGGAGCACGAUGGCCGUGCGUUCAAUCAGCAACCGGCAUACAAGUGGUACGCGAUGGGCCUAGAGGAAGCGCGGGCGAAGUACAUCUACUCUGUGGAAUGCCAAGAUCCCCAAGCACUGAUGCCAUUUCAUGUUCGAAAUGGCCUAAAGAACAUCGACUUCAUUGGGCUUUGGGACGCUAUAUGGAAGAAGGCAUACGAUCUGAGUCGUACUUUCACGUCCGAUCCACUCGUUCUGGAGAUCUGGAUGUUUCUCUGGGCUGUGCGACAAAUGAGGCUUCCAUACUCCGAUCCUAGACCCUGGAUACCGGGUGCCAACGUAGCUCUUAUUAUCGAAAGGCGGUGUAAGGAGUAUGAUAUAAACACAGAAGGCGUCUUGAGCAUCGCACCAGAUGACAUCUCACCAGAUGACAUCUAUCACUUCGAUAUACCUCCAGAAGACUUCAAAAUUUCCCAUGUACGAAGUGCACGUGAGACAUAUACUGACUUCGUACACCCACUUCUUAGGUUCCAUAUAUCAGGUUUCUCCAACGAAGUAGAUGUGGAAGCUAUACUGCGCAGCCGAGGACCGCGAUUUUCGUCCACAAGACGGGGACAUCGCUUCUAUGACGAGGAUGACGAUCCUGACACAGCCGGUACGGACGAUGAAGAAGACGAGAACCUGAAUCCCGCCAUCGAUGAUACCGCUGACGUCGAACCCUACGGCCCUCCUCUCGAUCUCAUUGAUCUUGCGGCUACCACAACAACAGUUCCCGAGGACCAAUGCUGUACAGUCUGCAUGGAAAACCACUCACACAGUAUCAGUGAUGGGGGAACUAUGAAGCUCAAUUCGUGCGGACAUCUGUUCCACUACAAGUGCAUCUACGAAUGGCUGAACGGAACAUCCCCUAAUAGCAACCUUUGCCCAGAAUGCCGUAUCCAGUUCAGCGAGCAGCGUAGACCAGUACGACUAGUUCGACCGGCAUCAGUGUCGCUUUCAGAAUCAGAACCAGCCAGGCGUACGUGGCCUGAGAACGCCAACGCUGAAAUUGAGGUUGGGGUUGAAGAACAGCAAGAUCGAGCUGAUAGCGAUGCCCAGAGCGUGUACGAGAGAUUUCAGGAUUGGGAUCCCCUUGAAGGUGUGGAUACCACCUCCUUCGAGGAAGAAUGA